AGUGAGAGCGCGUGGUCGUUGCCUGUCACCAGAAGGUAGGCACGCACGCGCUUCGUUUCUACGUUUCAUUGUCCUUCAGGGCAGGCGACAUGUUCACUCAUUCCUGGUGAGCACUGUCUUCGCUCGCAGCUGAAAACAAACCCGACUGUUGCCGGUGGAUUUGGGUGUGGUCGAGAGGCUGUGGAUACAAUAAAGGAAUAGCGUUUAGCACUCUGACGUAACAAUUAGAAACCAAUCGUGACUUAUUUUUGUGUGCACAAGUAAGAGGGCAAGAGACAGAGAGUACUGACGGCUUUUAGCAUUAUUGUGCCUUGAUCUGGAGAGACUACAUGGCGACUGCCAGCAAAAAGGUUUUGUUUUUCUGCAACCAGACGUCCUGUAUUACAAUAUGCAAAUCGUGCCUUUCGCAAUUGACAAUCAUCGCUUUACUAUUUAUCGCUCAAGAACAAAUACUUGCUCAAGGUUUCAGCAACAACCCACCAAUACCUGGAGAUUACGAAGCCACACUUGUCGUAGAGGAAGACACUCCUAUAGGCGAUGUGAUUGGGAACAUCACUGCCUCAGAUGACGAUGGUCAGCCACUGACAUUUAAAACUUCGACUCCAGACACGACACAACUCGUUGAACUGAGCAGUCCUCGAGAUGUCCCUGGCAUUCCAAGGACUAAAGUAGUCGACAUCAUCUUAAAGUCUGUUCUAGACAGGGAUUUUGCACCUACCCAGCGGAGGCUCUACUUUUCAGUGUCUGAUGGCGAAAGUUCAGUUCCAUUAUGGAUCACACUUUUCAUCAAAGAUGUCAACGAUGUUGCUCCGCAGUUUGUAAAUUUGCCAUACGAAGUCACCAUAAAAGAAGACACACUACCUGGAACAGUCAUUUUUUCUGGUGUGUCUGCCAAAGAUCCAGACAAUGGUCGAGGAGCAUCAUAUACUAUGGAGUCAGAUGCCCAGGCUGCUGAUAUUGAGUACUUAAGAACCUUUGAGAUCAAGCCAUAUAAUGGCAACAUCUCCUUGCUGCUGCCUUUAGACUAUGAAAAACAUAGUUAUUACCAGUUUAAAAUCACGGCAGAGGAUGAAGGUGGUCUGAAGGCUGAGCCUGCUGGUUUUGUUGUGUAUGUUCUAGAUGUUCAAGACAGUCCACCUACUUUUGUGAACUUGCCUUACAGCACAGAGAUUGACGAGGAUAAAGCAAAGGGUGCGUCCGUUCAACAAGUUGUGGCUGUGGAUGGAGACAGUGGCAUUCCAAAUGACAUCACUUACAGUUUUGUUAGUGGUGAAUAUGCAAACUUCGACAUAGACUCCACUACGGGAGUUAUUAGCAUCAAGGAAACGUUGAACAGAGACUCGGAAACAAUGAGAAACACGGGAGGAGUGUAUGCCAUGAUAGUGCAGGCUGCAGAGAUUGUGCCCCCAGAGCAAGUGAACAAUGGAGAAACCACUGCAACGACCUUGGUUACAAUCACUGUACGAGAUGUCAAUGACAACGCCCCGACAUUCUCUCAGAACAACUACAAAGCAACUAUUUUAGAAAACAUGCAACAAAAUGUUCCCGUUGGAUUUGAAGGGAACAUCAUGCGAGUUUCUGAUAUCGAUCAGGGCACCAACAGUCAUUUCUCGGUCACAUUCCAAAAAGGAGGUGAGCCUUUUGAUGACUUUUCACCACAACCCCAAGAAAUUUACUCUGAGUCAUCUGUAUUUAUACGUGUCAACAAUUCAACGGCCCUUGACUAUGAGAAAAAUCAGAGAGUCAUUUUUGAGGUUGUAGCCAGGGAGCUAGACACUGUUGAGAAGAGAUCGUCGACAGCCACUGUCACUAUUGAGAUCGAGGACAUGAACGACAAUGCUCCAGAAUUUUCAUCCUCAAAUUAUACGUUGGAUGUGGAAGAGAACACUGUUCCUGGUACAUCUGUAGCUGUUUACACUGCUACGGAUCUGGAUUCUGGCAGCUUUGGAGAGAUCAAGUAUUCUCUUCGUGGUGGAAAUGGAAGAUUCAGCAUAGAGGAGAAUACAGGCAUCUUAAGGGUCACAGGUAAUGUAGACAGGGAGGAGAACCAAGAGUUUUACCUGACCGUUGAGGCACAGGAUGGUGGCGGCUUACGGACACCAGCUGAGAUUGCUGUGACCGUUCUGGACAAAAAUGACAAUGAGCCAGUGUUUAAGAGAGAUGACUAUGACGGGAUUAUACGAGAGGGGGAUGUGGACUUUGUCAGGCCAUUGAAAGUGGAGGCUAUUGACAAUGAUGCAAGUAACACUCCCAACAGCCUUGUGUCGUACCAAAUUGUCAACGCACCUCCUGGCCUCUCCGAGAACUUCACUAUUGACAGCUCUACAGGAGAAAUCACUCUUACAGAUCCUCUGGAUUAUGAGACUUUAGAUCCUGCCUUGAAUGGGAAAGUGACCCUGACGGUAGAGGCAUAUGAUGCAGGGGACCCUGUGAGGUCUUCUCAAGUCUUUGUCAAUAUCACCGUUGAGGAUGAGAAUGACUUUAGGCCACAGUUCUCAGAAAAAAAUUAUACCACUGAUAUUCCCGAGAACUCUGAUGAAGGUUUUGUUGUCAAAACUGUCACUGCAACAGACUUGGAUGGUACCAGUCCUAAUAAUGAUUUUAUCUACCGCAUUGAGAGUGGAGCCUUUGACAAGUUCCGGAUUGAUUUUAAGACUGGUGCGGUGGAGGUGGAGAAGAGGGCUGACUUAGACCGGGAGAGUAAAGGAGAAUACACGUUGAGCAUCUCUGCCAUUGACAGAGGCACGCCACCAUUGACUGGUCGUUGCAUUCUUACGAUUCGCUUGAACGAUAUCAAUGAUGAAACACCAGUAUUUGAUAUGGAGACGGCAAGUACUGAAAUCCCAGAGAACACAGCUGUGGGCUCCACAUUCUACACAUUCGGAGCCAGUGACCCAGAUUUAGAAAGCAACUUAGAGUAUCAUCUCGGAGAGGUAUCAGCUUUCAGUGGGGAAAAAGGAAGCAAGCCAUUAAAUGUUACUGCCACUGGGGUCAAGACAUAUUUUGGCAUUGGUCUCAACACUGGGAAAGUGUUUGUCCGGAACGAGCUGGAUCGGGAAACAGCUGAAAGGAUCAUCUUGGAAAUUGUUGUGGAAGAUAAGAAUGCUCAGGAAGGAGAACAAACAGCUACAGGAACUCUGACGGUGACUCUAAGCGACAGCAAUGACAACGCACCCCAGUUUUCUCAGCCAGGUGGUUACACAGUAGAUGUGCCAGAGUCUGAGAGCCUGCAGUCAAUCGUGCUCCAAGUGUCCUCCACUGACGCCGAUGAUGGACAGGUCAUCACAUACAGUAUCGGAACGGCCACUUUUGAUGCUUUCACCAUCAGCAAUGAUGGCACAAUACGUCUCAAAAACGAGCUGGACAGGGAAAAGGAUGAUCAGGUGGAGUUUGAGGUGAUCGCCACAGACAAUGGAGUCCAGCCAUUGUCGUCGACGGCCACUGUGACCAUCGUGGUUCUGGACGCAAACGACAAUGCUCCCAUCUUUGACCCCAACCAUAAGGUCAAUUUUGAAGUGGCGGAGGAUGUUGCUGUUGGCUUCCCAGUGACUCGUAUCACAGCCACUGAUUUAGAUGAUGGAGACUUUGGUACAGUUCACUAUGCUUUAGUUGGACCAGACACUGAAGAUGGAAUGUUUGCUAUUGAUGAGGAUACGGGUGAAAUUUCCGUUGCUAAAGAGCUGGACAGAGAAGUGAAGGCUCUCUACAAGUUUGAGGUGGAGGCAACUGACUCCAUGCUCAACCCGGAAGAAAGUGAAAGUGCAAGGUCUCGCAUAACGGUGGUCAUCAAAGAUGUGAACGACAACCAACCAGAGUUCACUCAGGUCAUUCCAGACAAGCCGACAGUACCAGAAUCCUUCCAGGGUGGGCAGAAUGUUGCCACAGUGGUCGCCAAUGACAAAGAUGAUCCUACUACAGACAGUGGAAAAAUCCUUUUCUCCCUGGGAGAUGACACUAAUGCUACAUCAGUGACAGGCUCACCCCUAUUCCAGAUCAGCUCUGCAGGUGUUAUCUCUGCUUCAAUUGGCCUCAGUGGCUACUCAGGAUUCUACUAUGUCACUGUGGUGGCUAGCAAUCCUGGAGGGCCGGCGGGAACUGAGAAGCAAGUGGUCAUUCAGGUUCUGGAUGUGAAUGAUGAAACACCCCGCUUUGUCAAGCCAAGUCAGGACAAUGAUGUGGCCUAUGUCAUGGAGAACUCGGAGACUGGUACCUUUGUGUUCCAGCUGGAGGCACAGGACAAUGAUGCAGGGGACAAUGGUGUGGUCCGCUACUCCAUCUUGCCCUUACCCAACAGUGAUAUGGACGGUUCUAGUCAGUUUGCUGUUGAUGCUGUCACCGGGAUCAUCACAACCGUGCUAGAAGUUAAUGCUGAACUUCAGUCCCGUUAUGAAUUACGUGUGCAAGCUGCUGACCAGGGUUUCCCAACGCCUGCGAAGACAUCCUUGACCUUGAUUGUGGUAGUACAAGACAAAAAUGACCAUAAGCCAGAAUUUGUGGGUCUGUCGGCACCACAUGUAAUCAGGAUGAAGGAGAAUGAGACGAGCUGUGCCAAUGUGAGCCUGGCCAUUGACCGAGAUCUGAACACUACCUUCACUGUCAUCUGCUACUACUUGAUAGGAGUGGAUGUACCAGACAAGUUCACUCUGGGCAGACAGGACGGUCAGUUGUGUUUGAAAACUCCGCUGGAUCGGGAGACAACUCCGUAUGUUAACGUUGUUAUUCUGGCCCUGGAGGAAUGUUACAGGUCUGACAUUCCUACUCAGAUGAUCUCAAUGGGAAUUGGUGAUUUAUUCCCUGCCAUGUACAGACCUGCUCACACAAAUAAAACCUGGAUUAAAUUGCAGGUGACGGAUAUCAAUGACAACCCCCCAGUGUUCAGAACCAAAGAUCUUGCCCUGGGUGUGACUCGUGUCACCCAGUUUGGGAAGUUCAUCUUAGAACUGAGGAAUGAUGUAGAGGACAAAGAUACUGCCUUAUGGGGUAUCGAUUACUUUGAAAUUACAUCUGAGUUUGAAGCUCACCCCGCUGCACUGAAGAAAGAAUUGGAGGAUUUGGGAGUCAAAGAACCGUUCAAGCUCUUUCGUAAUGGUUCGGUGAAGACCAACAUGUAUUUUAAACCUCAGAUGUCUGGAUUUUUCACUGUGAACCUCAGAGUCUACGACAAAGGGAGAUUGUAUGAUGAUGCAAGGCUACGAAUCUCCUUGAUCAAUGAUGACCAACGACUCAUCAUCAUAUUCAGGCGAUCUAUUGACUCUGUUGGACCUUUGAAAGAUGAGAUAGUAAAGCGACUGAGCGAUAAAUUGAACUACAGGAUUGUGGUUGACUCAAUACAGACUCAUGAGACAGAGACGGGUGCUGCAGACUUGGCAAAAACUGAUAUGUUUAUACACGGGGAAGAUUUUGAAACAAAUGAAGUUAUCCCAGCUGCAAGGUUAUUAAGUAUCAUUGACCAGAAGAGUGCCUUGCUCAUUAGCCUACUCAAUGACUACAAUGUGCUGCAGGUUAUACCGACUUACAAGGAGAAUUUGGACGAUGGCUUAGAAGACAAGCUGAAGAUGGCUCUUAUCCUGGUGUCAGUUGUACUGGGCUCUAUCUGUGUCAUCUUGGCCAUUAUUCUCUACUACACGUACAAGAGAUAUCAAAGGAAACUGAAAGCUGCUACAGCAAUGGCAUAUGUCAACUCAGGAUGUGAACCCAAAGAAUCUGACCUUUAUAAGGCUGACAUCCCUGGGACAAACAUACAUUCUUUUGAAAAUGCAAACCCAAUUUUCUUAGAGAAGAUGAUGUUGGAUAACAAUGAAGACGGGAACACAACCGCUGCCUGAAGUCUGAACUCCCUGGACGAGAAUGCCUUCAUGAGUGAGAGUACAUUUGACGAACAGGAAGUGACCAUGGCAAUAACAGCCCCAGA